AUGGCCGGUGGAGGUGGCCCCGGGCACUGGCAGCGGUUCCGUUGGCCUGCCGGGGGGAGGGGCAGGCAGGGUCAGGGACCGGAGGAGGAGACAGUUCUGGCCAUGCUGGGGCCUCUGUAUCCCAGGGCUGGGCCGAGCCUCCUGUUCCUCUGCCUUGUCCUGGCAGCUGCGCUCCUGCACCCCCAGCCACCGAGGCCUCAGCAAUCUGUUCCUGAAGAAUUUUCAGGCCCUCUGGAACUCGCACAGCCAUUUUCUGGCCUGAUGGAUGACUAUGGGGUUCGGCCCAAGCACCCCUGGCCACGAAGGCCUCGACCCCUGCUCUCCCAGGCCCAGCAGCGCAAGCGCGACGGGCCAGACAUGGCGGAGUAUUACUACAACGCACACUUGUGACGGGAGCCCCUCAUAAAGCUAUUCUGUGCAGCAAA